AGCAAGGCACCAGCCUGCUAUGCCCUCAGUAACUUGACCAACGUUUUGUUCAACCUAAAGUCUUUCAAAUUUUAUACAAGUAACGUUACUUUAAAAUCAGAGAAUAGGGAAAGAACCUCCCUCCCCGCCUCGGCGGAGAAGGCACUUGGCGCAGGCUCCCACACUGCAGCGCCACGGCAGCGCUUCCCGCCCUUUCCUCACACGCGGAGCCGCGAGGCGCCGCUCGCCACACAACUCCCCGCGCCCCACGCUAGUAGCGGCCACACUUUCCGAUUCACCAACCACGCUGUUGACGCCACUGCCUCCCAACAACCACCGUCGAACGCGCCGGUUACGCUAUUGACGCAAAGCUGGAAACAGUAGAAAAAAAGGAGCACCUGGCCGCGCAGUUUUUAUUCACAGAGUGGGGCUUACGCAAAGGGAGAGUUGCUGUGGUAACCAGAACGCGGGCGCUCAGGCGCCAUAGAGCGGCAAUCGGGGCCCAGGAGAAGUGGCGGCGCUUGCUGGGAUGGGCGUCUGUGAUUAUGCGGUCACUGGGGUUGCUGUUAAGAAACAGAGCUGAUGUUAAUGUUCGGUAGAAACUUAAACCAGAAAGGAAGACUCAUCUGAUGAACCACUCCAGCCCCUUCUUUCAGAGCUUCUUAAAAACUCAAGAGUGCUGGAAUUGCUCUUUGAGGGGAUAGAGGACCAUUCAGUUUAAUGCUAGUAGCAAUGGAUUUGGUACAUUAGUUGUCUUUUCACCAGGCAGAAUCAUUUUGCAGUAUUUUUUAAGUAUAAUAAGAAUCCUUCCCAGACAAAUUAGGGAUGGCAAGCACUCGUAUCUCAACCAAGCCUCCCCCUGAUGUAGAUCCAACAAAAGCUCCCAUUGCAUUUGGGAGGAGAGCUCUUCCUAAACUGAAUAGAGAGAUACAGUCUCCUGAGAUACUGACUCAGCAACGGGCAUUGAUGGCACUCUGUGAUCUGGUCCAUGACCCAGAAAAUAUCUACCAGGCAGUCCAAAUAGGUUUCUUGGAGAACUUGAAGACCUUGCUGCUGCAUCAUGACAGUACUGUCCGACAGAAGACAACGGAAAUUCUCUAUAUAAUGACCAUGCAUAAUGUUGGCAGGCAAGGGUUGAUACAAAAUGCAGUAAUACCUGUCCUCUCUGAACUUUUGGAUGAUCCAGAAGACAUCUGUCGGAGGAACACACAUCAAGUGUUUGACAUGAUGGCAAAGUUACCUGAAGGGGCUGUUGAUAUCCUGCGUGCAGGUUUGAUUCCCUUACUCAUAGUCAAACUGAAGACUGAGAUGGAUGAAAUCCAAGAGCUAAUCCUAGGUACGCUCUCCAACUGUCUGCAUGUGGAUGCUUCUGAAGCUCUGGCAACCGAUGCCGUCACCAUUCUGAAGGAGAAGCUCACACAUCCAUCAGCGACCAUCAGAAGCAAAGCAGCUCAGGUCAUUCUAGAGAUCGGUACCCAUCCAGAGGGAAAAAGUACAGUGUGUGAAGAGGUCAUCCCAAUCCUGGUGAGCCUGUUAGAAGAUACAGAUCCUGAAGUCCAAGCUAGCGCAGCAGGGGCACUGAUGUUUGCUACCAUUAAACCUCAGGGGAGAUGCUUAGCCCUGCGUGCUGAAGCCAUCCCACGGUUACUGAAGUUGGUUGCUGAGAAGAACAGCAAAGCCCGUCUGAGCGCAAUCAAAACCCUCACCAUGCUGGCAGAAGUAGCCGAGGGUCGCAGGGAGCUCCUAGAGCACACAGACACGUUUCAGCAGUGCCUGAGGGACCCCAGCGAGGCCGUGAGAAGAGCUGCAGAAAUUGCCAUCAGAGUCAUCCGAUGGAAACCGUUCUGAAGAUGCGGUAUUUCACAGAGAUCUAUUGCCCUCUGUUGUUGCCUCGCUGUAAAAGUUGCACGAUUAUAUGCGACGUCCAAAAGCAAAACUCCAUUCUUCUUUCCUCCUGAAAACUCAUUUGUCACAGCCUUACAUCCGUGUUACCGGUCACAAGGAAAGUAAUAGGGAAAAAGAAAACUCCAGGAUGGAGGAGUUCUGCUGUUGUGGCUCAUUUUGAAGGGAUGGGAACAGGUUGAGAGGAAAGUCAACCCUGUACGGCUCAGUCCAACAAGAGUUGGACAAGACAGUCUGCAGCUGUUCCUUCCAUUAGUAUCCUGUGAUUAACGACUGAGCAGACAGAUGAGGGGAUAAACAAAACAGAACUGAAAAUGUCAGUUCCUUACUUUGAAAAAAUAUGUAUUUUUUUCUCCUUUUUUCCCUCCUUUUUUCUAAUUCAAUGGUUUUAAAGGAAAUGACUUUUUCUUUAUAGAAUUGAAUUUAACAUCAAAAGUUCAAGCUGUGUGAAGCAAGCUUAUCCAACAAGACAUAAAUUGCCCAAAGGAAAAUAAGGCAGUUUCUGAUUUUAGAGCUGAUGAGCAGUUGAAACUGGGGAGGUUCAGCAGCAUUUUACUCACAAUGUAGUCAAGGCAGAUCACUACUGAUAUGGCAAAUUCCUCUGCAGUUGCCAGUGUGUAAGUUAAGAAUCAAUAGAAGGCCUGGCAGGACAAAUCCUGUCCACUAGAAGUGGAAGACAAGAAUCACCAUGUGGCUGAUUCAGCUUCACAGGAAAUCUCACAUUUCCACGCAGGUUUUGCUGUGGAAUGGUGUUCUUCUAGAUAGACGUUACGGUGGCUAAAAAGAAGCUGCACCACCCAUACACAGGGGUUGUUUGCCAGCUGCACUUCCAUUGCAGAAGCCCGGUGUUCUGCAAAGCACAAUCUUAUAUGAGCCACCGUAGGUGUGAUUAAAGUUAGAAGAUUUCUCUUCCAUAACCUAACCAGAUGGGGAAUUUCCUCUCCUACAAAGAUGUGAUUUAAAAGCAUUGAGUCAGACAGAUUCAUCCCCUCUGGGCAGGGUCUUGGAGGGGCUCUGCCUUUUCAGCACGCUUGAUGUAUGUAAGGCACUCACAUGUAAUAGAUAUUGAUGCCUGAGUGCAUCCAGUUCAAUAAGAGAGAGACAGGCAGCUUAAUAACAGGGAAAAUGUUCAGCAAAGGACUGGGGAACAAGAGAGAACAGUAGUUUCACCUACAUUUACAAAACUGCUGCAGGAAAAUGCAGUACCAAUCAUUUCAGCUCAAGCAUCUGUCACAGCCUUCCCCCCUGUAAUUCAGGUAUCGCAUUUCAACGAGUUAGCAAAAUAAUUAUCUUGUUCAGAUGUAGGAAUGAGACCAUCCAGACUGAACUGCUGUGACAAGAAGAAAUUUAGCUGACUUGGACCUUAAGUACCGCACCCGGGCAUCUCCCUGAUAGCUGCUUUAAAGAGCAGUAUGAGCUGCUUCCAAAUCAGACUCCGGCAUGGUGUCUUGUCUCACUUGCAUGCACAGUACAAGAGUGGAGCAAAGCCUUAGCUGAGUUCUGGAGCGUGAGUGCCAGCCUGCUCCUGAAUCUCCCUGCUUAGGCAGUGACCGCAAGGCAGAAGAUGAGAGCUUACAGCUCUGAGACAGUAGUAAGGAAAUAAAGCAAUCAGGAAUAACUCACUGAAAAAGAUGUUUAAAGAGAAGCGAGUGGCAAAAAAACUGAAACACUCAGAUUUACCCAAAAUGUGUUUGGAAGAGGAAAAAAAAAAAAAACAGCAAACGCCUAGUGGCAUGAGCAGAAAUCAUGGGGUAAAAAGGAAUUGAGCAGAAAAUACACAGAACAUGGCUGGAUUUUUAGGUUUGGAAUUCUCAGUAUGUUUAGUCUUCAUUGUUAAAACUAACUUUCCUUCUAUAAUUUAGCAUAUAAUCACUUAGUGACUUUUCAUACCUAAAAAGAAAAAAAAAUCCUUAUGAUUAAGGAUUCACUUUCUCUUCUGGGGUACAUUACAUCUUGAAACUAACAGAGAGCAAGAUGCACUGAAGUUAUGCUAACACUACUGUGUAUGUUAACCCAAGGUAUGCUUUAGUCCUAGCAAUACUUUUACUUUUGUCAGUUACUGCUUAAUUGCUGAGUAGCACCUUGUCCUUAAGACAGAGCACAAGAAAAAAAAUGCAUACUAAAAUUCUUCUACUAGUGACAUUCUGCUAGCAUGAAAAGGUCACCUGUAAUAGUAAGUGCAGUGUAGGAACAGUUCUAAUCAUAUUCCCAAUGAAUUUCCUCAAUGAGACAGCGAUACUGAUGCUGCGUGAUCCUAAAUGCACAACACGGGGAACAGAGAGAUUUCUAGGAGCGUUCCAACCUGUGUUCUAUGAUUCCACAUCACAGAUUUAGUCCUAGACACGUUUGCUGUGACCCUUACAUAUGGGGAGUGCCAGGGCCACCCACAGCUAACUGCUCGCUUUGAGAUGAGCCAGCAGCCCUAGGUUUGCAAUGCUGGGCAAUUAAUUGCCACUCCAGGUGCCAGUAAAACGAUCGGAUGGAUCAAAGAAACACAGCAGCAUGGCUGACAAACACUCCCCAUUGGGCUGACCUACCUGUCAGUCAGUUAUACUCAGGAAUAAAGUUGCAACACAUUCGGUUGCCCAGAUGCUCACUAUCCUUUUGUAUUGCUUCAUACGUGUUACAAACACUUCAAUUAACAUGUCACCGCUGUCACACACUAUAAUUAAACUCACUGCUUCCAAAGAAUGCUGUGCACAUAGCAAGUCUUUAGCACUUUGUGCUCCACAGUGUUCUACACUACGACAACAUCAGCAGCUCAGCUGAUUUUAACAUCCAUGGAAAAUGAUCAGCCUUUCUGGCUGGAAGCCAGCAAUGAUUAAGGCCCAGAUAUAAUUGAUGUGGUCCUGGGUCAAUGCCGAAAUUAAUUCACUUGCACCCUGCGCAGAUCAAGCUUUCAAGUCAGCUGCCUGACAUCUCCCAGUGACAUCAGGAGCAGAACAGCCGCGUUCACGGGAUGAGAGAUCCUCGUUCACGAGCCUCGUGUGCAGCAUCCCACACAGGUACAGCUCAUUGGGAAUGCAGAGCUUAGUAUGAUUUUUUUUCCUAACAGUUUCCAGGAGAUUAAAAAUGUUAUGUCUCUUUGUUCUUGAAACUACAGACUCACUGACCUGUUCUCAUUUGUUUUUGAAAGUCCUGGAGCUGGAAACCAUUCUGCUCUCAUAUCAGUCCUGUCCUGGGAAAUAGCAGCUUUUAAUCUACCUGAGUUCCAAAGCAGAAAGUACUUUUGUUUCCCACCACUGCAUUUUCUAUUUAAAAAUAAACAAAAAAAUGAAUCAAAUUCAGAUUAAAAAUGCUAAGUGAGAUUUUUGCCUAGAGACCAAGCACAGAGUCCAGGUCAGUCAGGUUUGGUCGACAUCAAACCAAAAGGAGAGGAUGUAUUUUCUGUGGCUGCAUGCAAAACUAAUAUACUGAAAGAUUCAAGUCCAGAACCUACUCUUAGGAAGGAUAUUCUGCCAAGAUUUGUAGACUUGAAUGAAUGAAAACUAUUGCAGUUGUCUGAUUUACAUGUCAUUUGAAAAGAAGUUUUUAAAGUCAUAAGUUCUGAUACUAUAACUAAAAACAGUACAAGAGGUGAGGGUGAGCUCGUGCCUGCCCGAGCUGCAGGCUCUGCCAGGUGCCCCAGGGCAAGGAGGGAGGUGCUGGCUGCAGCGUGCACAGCUGCUUGGGUGCUGAGCACCGCCAGGUGAGCAGGGUUGGGCACUGCAGCGCCUGGGGAACUCUUCUGCAGCUUGCUGUGCUAGAUAACAACACUGAGUGCUCCUCGGGAGGAAAACAUAAUCCGACCUGUCUUAUUAAUAACAAGGGCAAUAACCUCAGGCACUAGUGCUGGUUACGUGGUCUUUCAUCAGCUAGAUAUUGAAGAGUCGAGUUGCACUCCAUCCUUUAUGUUCUCUAGAACAGGCCUGAAAAACACGCUGCGUAAAAAAUGCCAUGAAUCACCAAGUAAAGAAAAUGGUUUGGUUUGGAACUGCUCAUCUUUCUUGGCCAUGCGUUGCCCUCUGCUGAUCCACCCGUGACACCGCCUGCUGGGCUGAGCACGGGAAGCUCAUCGCUGUGCCAUGCCCUCGUGUCUCACUGCCUCGCAGUAACAUCACACGUCCAGAACACAGAGAAAGAACUUCAAUUUUAUCUGAAGGAAAAAAAAAGAGGAGCAGCCCUCCCUCAGAGCAGCUCACCUGUGACCCUGGCUCACCCUGCUCCCUGCAGCGGGGCUGCCUGUCCCCAGGAGCAUCGGCUUUAAUGCCCCUCCAAUCCAGCUCUUCAAACAAAGGACUUCAGGAGCGAACGCAGCUCUGCAGCAUUUCUCUGAACGUCAGUCACCACUAGCAACACACAUCUCAUUUCUCUGCUCUUCGUGGAAAAACCGACCUGGGCAGGAGCUGAGCCCAUUAGUGGAAGCAGCUGCUGCCAUCUCUGGGUUCAGGGCAAUCACCUGUGCUGAGAGAACUCAGCCUUGUGCUCUGUGCCUUAAUGCACCAUGAACAUUCUGGUUAAAUCCAAGCUGUGAUUACUGCACCUGUUUCCCAAGGUAAGCCGCAGACCUACGCCCCUAAUGUAACUGUUCCACACCAAUGCACGAGCUUUUGCUAUAACAAAACUGGAAUAAAACCAAAUUCUGAGUUCUAA